AUGCUAACGCUCCAAGUAGCCCCUCGAACGACGUCGUCGUCGACUACACUCGCUCAAUCUGAUUCUGACACCUAUUCCGCUUCAAACAAUCAUCUCCAGCCAACAUCAGUAGCCUCAGGAAAUACUAGCUUUGCUCGCUCAAGUCGUCCGGGCCAACAUAAGGACUUUUACAACUCGUCUUCCGUUGCAACGUCCCAGUCGGCUUCAUCCACAACCCCAGAUGUCUCGGAAACCACACCAUUGUCGACCACGCACAGUUCUGACGGGUCGCUUGGCGAUCUGCUUUCCGACAUCUUGGCAGGUUUGACAUCCACGUCGACCGCCAUCCCAACGGCUCCUUCUGGCUCCGGUGUACCCUCCGUUACCAUUCUUCCAACUACGAGGGAGGAAACGCCGACGACGACGACACCAGAAGGUACAAGGACGACUGAUUCGAGCGACACCGGAAUCGUCAUUGGUCCAACGGGUAUCGUGAGCUCGAGCUCCAGUCAGCCCAGUCAGGCUACGGUUGAGCCCACCGCAAUGCCAACUACGCAGGCAACCCUGCCUCCAGAGCCGGUUUCUCUGUCGGUUUCUCUGUCGGCUUCGGAGUCGGCUCCUCUGUCGGCUUCGGAGUCGGCUCCUCUGUCGGCUUCGGAGUCGGCUCCUCUGUCGGCUUCGCAGUCGGCUCCUCAGUCGACUUCCGAAACGGCUGAUCCUCAGUCGACUUUCGAAACGGCUGAUCCUCAGUCGACUGCUCAGUCGGCUGUUCAAUCGACCUCUCAGCUGGCUCCUCAACCGACUUAUCAACCGACUGCUCCCCAGUCGACUUCUCAGCUGGCUCCUCAAUCGACUUCUCAGCUGGCUCCUCAAUCGACUUCUCAGCUGGCUCCUCAAUCGACUUCUCAGCUGGCUGCUCCUCAAUCGACUUCCCAGCCGACUGCUCCUCAGUCGACUGCUCCAGAUGCACAACCAGUCAACAACAGCACUGCGCCUGAACCUACUCGCUCUUCUGGUUCUGGCCUUUUGGACCCUGUUGGCACUCUCAUUUCCAAUCUGCUACCUGGUCCUUCCACAAGCCAACCGGAGCCUGUCUCGCAAAACUUGACCUCGCCUACGUCUGCCACUGUACCUUUGAUAUCCCGGCCUUCUUCAGCCCUGCCCACGUCUGCUACUGGGCCUCUGAUAUCCCUGCCUUCAAUACUGCCCACCAUACUGCCCACGUCUGCUACUGGACCUUUCAUAUCCCGGCCUUCUCCGACCCCGCCUCAAGCUACUACUGGAAACUUGACCUCGAGCGACUAUUACCCUUCUCCGACCCCGCCUCAGUCUGCUCAUGGAUCAUCAUCUGGCAUGGAGGCAUCAAGCGGGUAUCCGCCUUCUGCGACCUCGUUAGCCCUCACUGGGAGCUUGACAACGGCCGUCACUAGUGGGCAGCUGCUGCCAAAUGCAACUUCAACGGAUCUCCAUGGUACCCCGGCGGCGUCUUCCGGCUCCAUGGUGACUGGUUCAAUGACAGGCGCGCCCGUUUCUGCAACGGACGUGCCUGUCGCCAACUCAACCGCGCACGCUGGCCAUUCGACGUUGCCACCGACCAGCGAAACCGACCUGCCCGUCACCAACGGAUCCAUGACUCGUCCUCCAACCACAACGGGAACGUAUCUCCCUUUGCCGUCGCUUCCCGGCGACAAUUCGACCGCAAUCGCAGUCCCGUCAACCGGCGCCAGCUCGAAGCCGACUGGAGCCACACCUUCUUCUGCCGCUGCCUCGGAGCCGACAGCAGCCGUUUCUGCUACUAGCGCGCCGACGAAUCCGCCGGCAACCCAGACGCCGCCCCCAGGCUCUACGUCUGCGGCGGAGGGUGUUACCAGCAUUCGCCCUACGGCUACGGUUUCAAACACGGACAACUGGCUGCCUACGACCAUUGUCAUCGAGCCAACUUCCUUCUCCUACUCAGCCCCGACGUCCACCUCGACCGCCACCACGUCUCAGGCUCUGCCAGCCACUAUUCCCAAGAUCAUCUUGCCUGACGACCCGAACAAGCCUGUCCCAGAUGGCACGGUGCCCAUCCAGAUCGCGUUCCGGUUCCCGUUGAACUACGUUUUCGUCUCCAACAACACCGUCGCGGCUGCUCAGAUCUUCAAGUAUCUCCCCGAAGCCCUCUCCGGGGCCAGCGGUCUCCCUGCGAACAAGCUGCAAAUAUCGAGCUUGAUGCCGCUCAACACCCAAACCGCUUGGGGCUACAUUACCACCUUGGCUCAUCUGAACUACCCGGCCACUCUUGUAGACACGCUGCAAAUGGAUCUAUGGUCACCAAACUCGGCUCUCUACAACAAUCCCGACCCGAUUGUUCGCAACUUGACCUCGGUCAUCAACAACGGCAUCGACAUUCACGGCAACAUCAAUGGCGGCAGCUCUAACGGAGGAGGCGGCUCUGGUGCAGGCGGCAACGGCAACGGCAACGGCAACGGCAACGGCAACAGCAACGAUGCCUUUGGCUCUGGAAACAGCGACCAGUCGUCGAAACAAAAAGCCACCACGGCAGGGAUCGCGGUGGGCGCCUUGAGCAUCAGUGUCAUCUACGGCGCGGCCAUGUUUGUUAUCGCUCGACGUUAUAAGCGCAAGCGACAAGGUCACCGCCGGACGAGCUCCGUUUCGGGCAGCCAAGGCUCAUCCGAGAUGCGGUACAAUGGCAAUGGAAGCCCUGCGCUCAUGGGUGGUGCUCUCCUGAGCCGAGACGCUUCCAGCUAUGGCGGUGUUGCCGGCGGCCGCGAGUCGCAUGGCAGCGGAGGCCAUUCAGCCCGCACCGCCAACAUCUCUGCUCCUGUGGCGACGGAGAACUCCCUGGGCUGGAAUUGA